UCUACCUGCAAUGCAAUGCAGUUUCGUAAGUUCGGCUGCAUCAUGACGUGGGUUAGAGAGGAAUAUAAGUUUUCUCUUCUAGAACGUUUUCUUACGAACUUGUUGAAAAGUGGAAGCGUGCCUCGCCAUGUUGCGUUUAUAAUGGAUGGGAACAGACGAUUCGCGAGGCAACAGAAUAUGGAGAAAAUUAAAGGGCACUCCGAAGGAUUUGAGAGGUUGGCUGAUACUCUCCAAUGGUGUAGAUAUUUAGGAAUUACCACGGUUACUGUUUAUGCUUUCAGAUUUUUAAACUUUUACAAAAUGUUGAAAAAUAUCAGAUUAUUGAUUUCCGAGGAAGAGAAACUGAAGCAACAUGGUGUACGGGUUAAAAUAAUAGGGAACAUGAGCUACCUGCCGGAUGAUAUUCAGCAGCUUAUUGCUCAGGCCGAGCAGAUCACGGAGCUUAACAGUGGGUCCACCUUGAAUGUAGCUUUCUCUUACACAGCCAGGGAGGAGAUAACCCAGGCUGUGAGGAGAGCUGUGAAUAAAGUUCAAACAAGCCAGAUUCAAUCUCAAGAUAUUGAUGAGAAACUUAUAGAUGGUUUGCUGUAUACAACUCCAGGCGAUAAAGUUGAUCUACUAGUGAGAACCUCAGGAGAAUGUCGACUCUCUGAUUUCCUUCUUUGGCAAACCUCGUCUAGUAUUACUUACUUUACUCAGGUUCUCUGGCCUGAGUUUGAUUUCUGGCAUCUGCUUGCAGCUGUGUUCUACUACCAGAGGAAUAUGUUCAUCAUGAACAGUCUUCUCAGCUCAACCAGCAGCAAUAAACAGCUUUGCAGCUCCACUAGAUCAAGGAGCAGUAGCAGGGAAGCUCUUCAAGAUGCGGAGACGAGGUUUACCGAUGCUAUGGAGCAAAUUUGCUCUUAACGCUCUCAGAUUUUCAGAUUUGGUCGUUUGAUUUGCUCUGUGAUCCGCAUGGAUAGGGGCGGGGGUCAUUACUCCAUUAAUAAAGUGGCAUGUCCGAUUCGUAACCUUUGUCUGAUAAACAAUUAUUUUUCAAUAAAAACGUGUUAAAAUCUGACAAUUUCAUUCCUUUGUCUCGGCUGCUCUAAAUUAUCAAGUAACUUUUACAGAGUAACAACAAUUGAAAAAUCCACAGAUCUUAUUCAUUUUUUUAUCAUAUAAAGGCUUAAAGGAUACUGUUGUGAAUCGGACAUUCAUAGUUGUAAACGAAGGGUCACCAGAAACAGAAAUUUUAAGUCCUUAAAAACCGGUUUCAAACUGUUGGGUCCCUAAAAUAAUUCCUGUAACCCCUUUAUCUUUUGGUACCUUGAAUAUACUGCAACCCCUUUAUCUUCUGGUACCUUGAAUAUAAUUCCUGCAACCCCUUUUUCUUCUGGUACCUUGAAUAUAAUUCCUGCAACCCCUUUAUCUUCUGGUACCUUGAAUAUAAUUCCUGCAACCCCUUUAUCUUCUGGUACCUUGAAUAAACUGCCUUUCACUUAGUUUUGUUUAAGUUUGAUAAACUUUACAUUUAUUUUUCUAGUUGUUAUUAUUGAUAGAUUGUUUUAAUUAUUGAACUUUUUGUUUUUUUAUAAACUUAUCUCUUUGCAAAUUGUUUUAGUAUUUAUAUUUCUAAAAAAAUUCAGA